AUGGCUCAAAUCAACCCAACCAGUUUGAAAGGCGUGCAAAUUCUCGGCGAAGUUUCCGACAAACCACUCUUGUCGGAGGCCACUCCAAGAGACAUUCUCACCAAGGACGCUUUGAAGUUUAUUGUUCUGUUGCACAGAAGUUUCAACAAAACCAGAAAGCAGUUACUCGAGAACAGACAGCAAGUUCAGAAGGAACUGGACGCUGGCGAAAAGCUCCAUUUCUUGGAAGAGACGAAAUACAUCAGAGACGAUCCUAACUGGAAGUGUCUGCCUUCUCAUCCUAAAUUGCAAUGCCGUAAGAUCGAGAUCACCGGUCCUCCAGACGCAAAGAUGAUUGUGAAUGCUUUCAACACAGACGUGUUCACCUACAUGACCGACUUCGAGGACUCGUGCUCUCCAACAUGGAGCAAUAUGAUCUACGGCCAGGUCAACUUGUACGACGCUAUCAGAGACAAGAUCGACUUCACCAAUGAGUCCACCGGUAAGCGUUACAAGAUCAACAAGGAAGGAAGAAGACUGCCUGUCUUGAUCGUCAGACCAAGAGGAUGGCACAUGGUCGACAAGCACAUCCUCGUUGACGGCGAGCCAAUCUCUGCCUCCAUCAUGGAUUUCGGUCUCUUUUUCUUCCAUAACGCCAAGUACCUGCUUUCCCAAGGACUGGCUCCGUUCUUCUACCUGCCAAAGAUGGAACACUACAAAGAGGCCCAACUGUGGAACGACAUCUUCGGCGUUGCACAGGACUGUCUUGAGAUCCCAAGAGGAACCAUCAAGGCCACCGUUCUUAUCGAGACCUUGCCAAUCUCGUACCAGCUCGACGAGGUGCUAUAUGCUCUCAGAGAACACUCUGCCGGCUUGAACUGCGGAAGAUGGGACUACAUGUUCUCCACCAUCAAGAGACUCAGAAACCAGAAGGACCACGUCUUGCCAGACAGACACCAGGUCACCAUGAAGGUAUCGUUCAUGACCAACUACGUCAAGCAGCUCAUCAAGAUCUGCCACAAGAGAGGUGUCCACGCAAUGGGAGGAAUGGCUGCAACCAUUCCUAUCAAGAACGACCCAGAAAGAAACGCAGUGGCUAUGGAAGCCGUCAAGCAAGACAAACUCAGAGAGGUUCUUGCUGGCCACGACGGUACCUGGAUCGCUCACCCUGGCUUGUUGUCUACUGCUCUGCCGGUCUUUGAGGAACACAUGCCUACUCCUAACCAGCUCCACGUGCAAAAGGACUACGAGGUCUCUGAAGCUGACUUGGUGGACACAAAGAUCCCUGGCGGUCAGAUCACCAUGAAGGGUGUCAGUGCAAAUAUUUACAUUGGUCUCAACUAUAUGGAGAGCUGGCUCAGAGGUCUGGGAUGUGUCCCAAUCAACAACCUCAUGGAAGACGCUGCCACCGCAGAGGUCUCGAGAUUGCAGCUGUACUCUUGGUGUAAGCAUGCCGUCAAGAUGGACGACACUGGAAAAACCAUCACCCCAGAGUUCAUCUGUAAGUUGAUCGACGAGGAGGUUGAAAAGUCGGCCACAAAGCCUGGAAACAAGUUCAAGACUGCCGCAGAGUGCCUCAAGAAGGAAAUCAGCGGACAGGUCGAGGUCGCCGAGUUCUUGACAACUUUGCUCUAUGACGAUAUCGUCACUGUUGGCCCUGAGGUCAACAUCAACUCUUUGAAAUGA